CCUCUAGCCAAAGACAUGCACCUCCCCACUCACUGGGCCCUGGCUGAGCAGGGGCCUCCUCUUAGAGACCCCCAGGGGCUGGGUGAACUGAGGAGGGCCUCACACUCUGCCCUCCUCUCCCCCAGGUACAAGACAGUGGUGACUCCCCGAAGGGCUGUGGUGGCCAUCGUUGGCUGCUGGAUUCUCUCCUUUGUGGUGGGCUUGACACCUAUGUUCGGCUGGAACAACCUGCGUGCCGUGGAGCGGGCCUGGGUGGCCAAUGGCAGUGUAGGUGAGCCCGUGAUCAAGUGCCAGUUUGAGAAGGUCAUCAGCAUGGAGUAUAUGGUCUACUUCAACUUCUUUGUCUGGGUGCUGCCUCCAUUGCUUCUCAUGGUCCUCAUCUACCUGGAGGUCUUCUACCUGAUCCGCAAGCAUCUCAACAAGAAGGCGUCGGCAUCCUCUGGCGACCCGCAGAAGUACUAUGGGAAGGAGCUGAAGAUCGCCAAGUCGCUGGCCCUCAUCCUCUUCCUCUUCGCUCUCAGCUGGCUGCCCCUACACAUCCUUAACUGCAUCACCCUCUUCUGCCCUUCCUGCCAUAAGCCGAGGCUCCUCAUGUACAUCGCCAUCUUCCUCACACAUGGUAACUCGGCCAUGAAUCCCAUCGUCUAUGCCUUCCGCAUCCAGAAGUUUCGGGUUACCUUCCUUAAGAUUUGGAACGACCACUUCCGCUGCCAGCCUGCACCCCCCAUUGAUGAGGAUCCUCCAGAAGAGAGGCCCGAUGACUAG